AUGUCGUCCAAGAAGGAGAAACCGCUGCACUCGCUGAUAGCUGGGGCGACCGCUGGUGCAGUGGAGGCCUUCGUGACCUACCCCACCGAAUUCGUGAAGACGCGCUCGCAAUUCGAGGGCAAGAAAGAGGGCAUGAUUGCCAUCAUACGCGACACCGUCAAGCGACAAGGCGUCAAGGGACUGUAUUCGGGAUGCACAGCGCUCAUGGCGGGAAACUCCCUGAAGGCGGGUGUGCGGUUCGUCAGCUACGACCAGUUCAAGCAUAUGCUUGCGGAUAAGGAGAAUCAUUCCGACUCAUACCUCCAUCUUUCAGCUGGUCUUGGUGCGGGUAUGACGGAAGCCAUAUUGGCCGUUACUCCGUCAGAGACUAUCAAAACGAAGCUCAUCGACGAUGCGAAGCGCCCCAACCCGCAAUACCGCGGCCUCAUCCACGGCACGUCACAAAUUAUCAAGGCAGAGGGUCUAUCGGGUAUCUACCGCGGCCUCUUCCCCGUCAUGAUGCGCCAGGGCGCCAACUCAGCCGUCCGCUUCACGACGUAUACGACACUCCGUCAAUACGUCGCGACGCGGAUGCCCCCCGGCCAGAGCGUCCCGAGCAGCUUCACCUUCGGGAUCGGCGCCGUCGCGGGGCUGGUGACGGUCUACACCACCAUGCCGUUGGACGUGAUCAAAACGCGCAUGCAGUCGCUGACGGCGCGCCAGCACUACCGCAACUCGUUCCACUGCGCGUACCGGAUCUUCACGGAGGAGGGCGUGCUGCGAUUCUGGACGGGCACGACACCGCGGUUGGUGCGCUUGAUGUUGAGUGGAGGAAUUGUGUUCACCGUGUACGAAAAUAUCAUCCGUCUGAUAGGUGGGCGGGAAGAUCCAUAG